AAGUCGCUAGAGGUCGUUAUUGUGUGGUCCAGAAUCCUGCAGUAAUGCACUCAAAAAGCCAGAGGUCGCUGUGGUAUUUGCUUGCAUUCUGGGAUAUGUGUCCUGGCAACUUCAAACAAUAUGGCGUGCAAUAACCGGAACACUGAGCAGGAAUGGGUUUGAUCAGGUGCCGUUCGGCUUUCUUAGCCAAAUUUUGAAGGCUUUGAACAAGAAGUUUUGCAGAGUAGUAUAGCCACGAUGCCUUCAUUCUUACCAAGAAUCACCAGUCACAAAGGCAGUGGCGAGGAAGUCACGGGAAGGCCCAAGACCAAACGGCUACGCUUCGGGGAUCACCAUGGCAACAACAGGGUGGCCCUCCCCAGCGUGGGGUCGACGCCCGCAAACGGACACCAGCUGACCUACUUCAACAGCAGGCAGGUGAUCCAGAAGAUCACGGACUGGUACGAGACCUGGCAGCCAUGGCAACGCAAGCUGCUGCUCUGUGGCAUCACCGCAAGGUGCUCCACCAAUCAGCUGGAGCUGCUGGCCACCGCCAUGGAACCCGUGUUCCACCGCGACUUCAUGACGACCCUCCGGGGACGCUAUACCAGCCUGUCUUACGGCAAGCGCAGGAGGGAGGGGAGUCAGUACGUCAGGAAAAGGACCGGAGCAUCAGGUGUUGCCUUAAACGAUGCCGUUCCUGGGAGUCCAGUAAAGGACAAUUUUAACACGACAGUUGAUCUUACCUACGGCAAUCUGAACGGAACAGAUGGACCAUCUGUUAAGGAAACCACCCAAGUGAGCAAAGUAGGAAAGGUCACAGUAGACAUCAGCAAGGAUAUAACCCCAGUGGAGGUUCCCACCAUGAGCAAGCACACCCAUGACAAGCCUGGGGAAGACCACGCGGACGCUGAGAAGCCCUCCAUCUCAGCCGAGGACGCCAGCAUCAUAAGGAAGCUGUCCAAGCAAAUGCAGGCCCACGAGAUCAACGAGGCCAGGACGGACACCCCGGGCAGUAAGAUAUCCAGCCACAGGUCGGGCACACUGUCUCCCAUAGGGGAGAGUUCUCCUGAAAACGAGGAGGAGGAGGAACAAGCGUUAGCAGCAGAGGAAUCCCUGCACACCCCUGUACACACCCCCAACACCGCCCUGUCUCUGGGGGUGCUGACGCCCAUCCAGGAGACCAACUCGGAGGUGAGCUCUGUCAGCACCAUACAGGAGCAGCCCGAGUUAGCCGAACACAGCGAGAGGAGCACUCCACAGGCUGAGGUACAACAUGGCGUGACGGUGAACGUAGCAGAGCCAGAGGAAACAGUACAGGUUACCAUCACUGAGGCUGCCACAGCACCAGGUAUGGAUACAGACCAAAAGGAAACUCUGGACAAUUCAACAGAACAGGCCAUGGUGCAGGCUAUGGAAGGAGAAAAGGCCAUGGUACCAACUGUGGAAGGUGCAGAGGCCCCGUCCAAGACUUUAGAGGGUGAGGAGGCUACAAUGCAGCCCAUGGAGAUUGAGGAGGAGAAACAGCCGACACUGGACCAGGAGAUGGUGCUACAGUACAUGCUGGAUGCUCGCAGCACACCUCAGAGAGAACCACAGAGAGAAGGUGAAGAAGUGACGAGAAACGGCCAUGUUGUGGAUGAUGAAGUUGUUCGCCCUAAAUCCGACACAACCGCGAGCAGAACGAGGAAGAGUCGUGGGCAGUCUCGCAGCGGUUCCCUGGAGUCAUCCCACAGCGCGGGAUCCGUGCGCGGGGAACACAAACACAGGAGCAACAUCUCCUCCGGCAGCUGCCGAACGGUCGACUUCUUCUCCAGGCAGAGGACUGAACGACUCGGGUCUGUGCGGCUGCAGGUAUCCCAGGGUGCCCCUGGCUGGCAGGAUGCGGAGGAGGCCGGCUCGUACGCCCCCCUGCAGCAGCUCUACAAGUACGGCCGGCUCUGGGGGGCGUCACCGGAGGGGCGUCGCCUGGUCCCAGCCAGCAGUCAGCUGCUGCACAAGAACUUCAUGGAGCAGCUCAACCAGAUCUGGCAGGUUCUGUCAGACUGGGAGGACCACCAGAAGGCGGAGGUGCUGGUGGAGAUGAUUAAGGGUUCCAACGACGGGGAGGUCAGCUUCUUCGCACAGUGUCUGCUGCAGAGGUUGAAGGACCAGCUGGACAUCAACUGCCUGCCUGACCACCUGCUGCUGAGGAUCCUGGGACUGCUGCGGGCGGCGGACCUGGGGCGGGCGGCUCAGGUGUGCAGACGCUGGCAGUACCUGGUCGCACAGGACACCCUCUGGGUCAGGAAGUGCAGGGAACUAGGUACUCGGGAAGACCUGCCUGACAUCAUCGGGAUGGUUCAGAUGGCCAGUCUGGGGGACAGUGUGGACUGGAAACAGGCUUACCUGGAGCUGGUCUUCAUCGCCAACCAGGCCAGGGACAUGCAUGCUGAAAGUGACGAGGACUGGGAGGCAGAGCUACAGGAGCUGGAGUACAACCUCAGCAGGAAGGAGAGGAGAAGCCGCCAUGACAGGAGGUCCAGAAGAGGUACCUACUCCAGCAGCAGGAUGGAGGAAGGGAAGUACUCCCUGGCAUCACACAUAGAAGACCUGCAGGCCCGCCUGUCGUCCACCAUCCUGGAGGACAGUCAGGAGGUCAGUGGCUCUCGGUCCGCGGCCCUCACGCCGUCCCUGCUGACCACCGGCCACAGCCGCAGCGGCAGCAGACUGACCUCCAGGGCCCACCCCGAGGACAGGAGCACCAUCAUGGCUCCCGAGGAGGACAGCCCCGAGGCAGAGGUGGUGUGUAAGCCGCUACGCAGGCAGCUGCAGGGGAGGAGGAAGUCACAUGACCCGGGGGACGCAGCCAUGGACAUCAGGCACGAGCUCAAACAGCCGCAGGAGAAACUGGGCAAGUUCAUGACGGUGGCAGGUUUGCCUGCAUCAGACCAGAGCAGUAUGGUAUCCAUGACAGAGACACACAGCAGCAUCGUAGGAGCCGUCCAUGCCGUUAGGAAGGUCAGGAAGUUACAGGGUCACAUGGACAGUGUCCAGUGUCUGGCCUUGGACAAACGACGGCUGAUGACCGGGUCUAUGGACAGGACCGUGCGCGUGUGGGACAUCCGCAGUGGCCGCAGCAUCCGAAAGCUGUAUGGGCACAAGGGUGGUAUACGCUCCAUCCACUUCAACCAGACCAAGAUUUGCACAGGAUCCUGGGACAUGUCGAUCAUGGUGUGGGACAUUGUCCAGUUCGAGCGGCUGGCAGUUCUGACCGGUCACCGAGGCGCUGUGUCCUGUCUGCAGUGUAACCAGCACUUUCUGGUCUCCGGAUCACAUGACUCCACCAUGAUGGUGUGGUCGCUGGACAGCUUUGAGUGGCUGAACGUGAUCGAAGGACACACCCAGGCCGUCACGUGCCUGCAGCUGAUUGGACGCUGCGUCGUCAGUGGUUCCCUGGACAUGACACUUCGGCUGAGUGACAUUCACACCAGCGAAUGUUUGCAGCAGUACCAUGGUCACCAGGCACCUGUGUUGUGUCUGACCGUGCAGAAGAGACUCCUGCUGAGUGGGUCUGCGGACGGCGAGCUCCAUUUCUGGGACCUGUACACGGCCGAGCCCCUGGCCAUUAUACAGCCACAUGACGGACCGGUCAACUCAGUGGCCUUGGCAGGGCGGCGGUUUCUCACUGGAUCAAAUGAUGCGGUGAUAAAAGAGUGGGACCUGGUGACGCUUACAUGUCUACGCUCCCUCCACGGACACAAGGGACCCAUCCGGCAGGUGAAAACACUACUCCAUCAUGUAGUGAGCUGUAGCGAUGACGGUUUCAUCAGACUGUGGGACCUCACAAAAACCCUGGAAGACACAACAUAGCCUGCUGUCCGGGCCUGCUGUCCUGUUGGGACAUCUCCUCACAGCCAAACCACACCAUGUAAGGCAUCUCACAGCAGCUGCACGAUUAAGGAUCCAUUAAGACAUAAGCUAGCCUGCUCCUUAAACUGUCUUAAAUGUCUCAGUCUGAGAAACUGGAAUACUGAACAUAGAAGUCUAAAUGGCUAAGCCAUGAUCAUGAUUGAUAUGUCUCAAAUUCAUGAGAAAAUUUGUUUUAACUACUGUAUACGGGAUACUUCAGAGACAUAAAAACCAAGAGGCCUGCAUUCUGGUGGGAAAAAUUGUCUGGGAAGUUGAACUGCAGACCCCACAUUCACACCCUUCCCUGAGGAGAGGAAUUGGACAUGACAGAAGAUUUAAAGGACUCCAAAGUCUUGGAAUUCCACAGGAAGUGCAAUAUCCCUAUGGAUGAGUCCAACUCCUCUUCACUUCUUUGAUGUGGAGAGAACGUGAAAAAAGAUCUAAUCAUGAUGAGUUGUUAGAAAAGACCCAUAUUGUUAUGCUAUUUUGGGACCUCUUGAUCGAUUUUCUACGCAUUGUGAAUAAUAUAUUUUAAUUGUGUUGCUGUUGACUCACCCCUUGUUUGCCAUUGGUAUCUUCCAACACUACAGAAUUCUGUUUGUAGGGUAUUGGACAAAGCAGAUGGGUGUGGGAUAUAGUAACAUUUCCAAAAAAUAAUGUUACAAACGUAUGAGGUUUACUGAUGUUUCAUCUGAAGCAACAGGCCUCAACUGAGAUAUGAUUGUGGCUGGAAGAGACCAUUAUACUUAUGGGGGUAUCACUUGCAAUAUCAAAUUUAACUGCUGUAGAUCUAUAUGAAUUGAUUUUGAAAAUGUGAGACUUGAUCAUUGGUGAUUUCUGGUGCUUGAUUCAUGAAAUCUUUGAUGUUUUGGUUGUUCAUUAUAUAAAACUUUGCAUUGCUCUUAUUUUUGUACUUUCCUGCAUGUACACAUAUACAGAUAAUAUUAUUCUAUCAAAUUGAUGCUGUAUAUACACCAUUUCGUUGUCCAGAUAUUUUUGUUAACAAUAAAUGUAUUGUGCCACCUU